ACGUCAAACGUCAAAUGUAGCCAUAUAAUGUAGCUAAGUUCAGAGUAGUAAUAAUUUUUAUCAUUUUAUUCUGAUUUUAAACAAAAAUUCAUUAUUUAUUAAUUAAAACUUAUAGAUGAAGUUAUGAAAAGUCUGUUCAAGACUUCUAAAAUAUUUUCCAGAGUUUUAUUUGAAGCAAAUCGCAAAAUGUCUAUAGUAAACAAUCCAAUUGAAAUAUCCAUAAAAUCGAAACUAGAAGAAAAUCUGAGGCCUUCCUACUUAAAAAUUAUAAACGAAUCGUAUAUGCAUAACGUGCCAAAGAAUGCAGAGACACAUUUUAAAGUCAUUGUAGUAUCGGAUGAAUUCAAAGAUUUGCCUCUGAUAAAAAGGCAUAGAAGGGUUAAUGAACUGUUGAAAACCGAAUUACAGGGAGGUGUACAUGCAUUAUCCAUUAUUGCAAAGACACCAGACCAAUGGAAAGAUGAAACUAUCGAACCUAGUCCGAAUUGUAGAGGUGGAUUUGGAAAGUAAAUACUUUUUAGUUUGACUUUUGUUAUGUGAUCUUUAGAGAAAUUUGUAAUUGUUAGUUAUAUAUUUGAAAUUAUAAUUUAAUAAAAAUUUUAAAGAG